ACGAGCUGUGGGCUUCAUCGCUCACUGGUGAUUGUGCCUUGCAGGCCGCCUGUGACUCAUUUCUUUCAUGUGCCUGCUCUCUAACACCUUAUCAUUUAUUACACUGAAGGGUACUUAAUAGUGGCAAGAAGAAGUUUUAUGUAUUGUGUGUACAAAAAAUUAUAGCGUUGUUGAAGUUUUUAAGAAUUAAAGCCAAUUUUACUUGUGGUUAGGAGAUGAAACCCAUGUCUCUGAGUAUCCUAGUGAUCCUUGUACUUCAUGCAUGGCUUCCAGCACAAGCCCACACAAGUUUCCGCUUCAAUAAAUUCAAUGCCUCCACCCUUUAUCAGAUCGGAAAUCCUUCUAUCCGCUCUGGUGCCAUCUGCCUCACCAAUCAAUCACAACAUAUGUCUAGCCGGGCUUUAUAUAAUCAGCCUGUUCGAAUGAAAAAUCCCAACUCAUCAUUCAGCACCACCUUCGUGUUCGCAAUCGUUCUCUUUUCUUCCGAUCCUUCACGCAGUGGGCUGGGGAUGGCUUUUAUCAUAACGCCCAGCAAAUCUCCAGUUGGACAUUCAUCAACCCAUUUUCUUGGUUUGUUCAAUAGUACCAGCAUCGGGAAUCCUUCCAAUCAUCUGUUUGCCGUCGAAUUUGACACAAUCCUCAACGAAGAAUACUCAGACAUCAACGACAAUCAUGUCGGUGUGGAUCUGAACGACCUCAAGUCUGUAACGGCUCAACCUGCCGGCUACAAGAUUGGCAACCAGUUGCAUCAAAUAGAUCUCAACAGUGGACGCAAUAUCCAGGCUUGGAUCGACUACGAUCAUACCCAAUAUCAAUUGAAUGUUACAAUAGUAGAAACCGGUUCAAUUCGACCCAAAGAGCCUCUCAUAUCUAUCAAAAUUACGAAUCUGUCCAACAUUUUUGAAGAAGAAAUGUACGUUGGUUUCUCUGCAGCAACAGGAACCGUCGUUGAAGAUCACUGUGUCCUCGCUUGGAGCUUCAGCACAAAUGGAUCCGCACCUGAGCUGGAUCUGUCUCAUCUUCCUUCCCUCAUUAGGCGUAAGUAUUCCAAUUCUCGAUUUAUAGCCGAAAUUGCUACAACUCUGGUACUUGUCUUGUUACUUCUGGUUGCUGCUGCGGUUUUUUGGUGGAAGAAAAACAAGUACAGAGACGAUAUAGAAGAAUGGGAGAUGGAGUAUUGGCCUCACAGGUUUAGCUACAAAGACUUGCAUAUUGCAACCAAAGGCUUCCGAGACGAACAAGUUUUGGGCUGUGGAGGUUUCGGUCGGGUGUACAAAGGAGUCCUCCCUGCUAACGGCCUUGAAGUUGCUGUAAAAUCCUUCUUUAAAGAAAGCAACGAAGCUCUGAAAGAAUUUAUUGCAGAGAUUUCAAGUCUUGGGCGUUUACAGCACCGGAAUCUUGUACAAAUCAGAGGCUAUUGCAAGAGGGGAGCAAAAUUAUUCAUAGUGUAUGACUACAUGCCAAAUGAAAGCCUGGACAAGAUGAUAUUUGUCAAGACGCAGAGCGUGCUGGCAUGGGCUCAGAGGUACAGAAUUCUGAAGGACGUGGGCACAGGAUUGCUGUAUCUUCACGAAGGGUGGGAGAAAAUGGUAGUGCACAGAGACAUCAAAUCCAGCAAUGUUUUGUUGGAUUCUGAACUUAAUGGUAAAUUGGGCGACUUUGGGCUUGCUCGUCUGUACGAGCAUACAGGAAACCUACAAACUACCCAUGUGGUUGGUACGCUCGGGUAUAUUGCUCCGGAGCUCGUAUACACAGGAAAGGCCGGCCCUAGCGUAGAUGUGUUCAGCUUUGGCAUCUUAAUGUUGGAGGUUGCCUGCGGGAGGAGGCCUGUCGAUCCCUCUCUCGAUGCUUUCCAGAUAGUAAUGGUGGAGUGGGUGAGAGAGCUGUAUGCGAAAGGUAGGCUCACGGAGGCAGCUGAUCCCAAUCUCGGUGGAGAAUACGUUGAAGAUGAGAUGGAGAAGGUCCUCAAAUUAGGACUGCUGUGCUGCAAUUCUAGGCCAGAGGCGAGACCAGCCAUCAGACAGAUAUUGCAGAUAAUUGAAGGAGAUGCAUCUUUUCCCAGUUUAGAUCCAUAUGAGAUGAGUGUAAUGAGCAGUAGUUUAUAUCCAAGUAUAGAUGUAUCUUUUGCCUCGACUUCCAAGUCUUUAGAUGGACGAUAGGGGAAAGUCUCAACAAAUUAGUCAUCAUUUACUGUUAGUAGAGGUUUCUUUCUCAGAUUUUGAUGUAAAGCACUGGAAAGUGGGCUGGUACCCCUUUUGUGCAGAUCUGCUGGCCAGAGGAUAACAUUUUCUGGCUCCGACUAUCAAUGAUAUGAAAUUAUUUUAUAAUUGU